AAAAAAAAGAAGGUAAUUUCAACAUAUAAACAUGGGCAUUUUUGGAAUAUUGUCAACGGUCUUUCUCUUUGCUGUCCUUGAGCUUGCCUACUUGGGCGGCUGAAAACUAUAUAAGGAUUUCGUUUUCUUUUUUAGUGAAAUAGAAUCCCACAAUUUUCUAAAAUUAUUAAAAGUAAUAAUAAAAUUUCUGAAAUCCGAUCCCAUGGCUUCUCGUCGUCGUAUGCUUCUAAAGGUCAUAAUUCUUGGUGACAGCGGGGUUGGGAAGACAUCUCUCAUGAAUCAGUAUGUUAAUCGUAAGUUUAGUAAUCAGUACAAAGCGACCAUAGGGGCCGAUUUUUUGACAAAAGAGGUUCAAUUUGAGGAUAGAUUGUUUACAUUGCAGAUAUGGGAUACUGCUGGGCAGGAAAGGUUUCAAAGUUUAGGUGUGGCUUUCUACCGUGGUGCUGAUUGCUGUGUACUUGUGUAUGAUGUGAAUGUCAUGAAGUCCUUUGAUAAUCUUAACAACUGGCGGGAGGAGUUUCUGAUUCAGGCCAGUCCAUCUGACCCUGAAAACUUUCCAUUUGUUGUGUUGGGAAACAAGGUUGAUGUUGAUGGUGGCAACAGUCGAGUGGUUUCUGAAAAGAAAGUAAAGGCAUGGUGUGCUUCAAAGGGAAACAUUCCAUACUUUGAGACCUCUGCAAAAGAAGGAUUCAAUGUUGAUGCAGCAUUUGAGUGCAUAGCCAAAAAUGCUCUCAAGAAUGAACCUGAAGAAGAAAUGAUUAGGGUUCUAAAACAUUUUGAAAAAAAUUCCAUGGAAGCCAAGAGAGGACGAGAAUCGACAGGGUUACUAGACGGGAUCCUCCCUCCACGCCUGGAAGACGCGGGACUCGAGGACUGUGCUCUUUCGCCAGAUUCUAUACACGAGGCCUUCCUUAAAGCAGCCUUCGCUGUCAAGUCACGUGAGGCCACCUUCUUCCACUGUGAUGAUGAAGAUGAAGUUGAACCCGGAUGCCUAGACGACCCAUUCCGCGAGAACGGUAAGUGCUCCUCCGACAUUCUUGUUUCGCCACCGUGUCCGGACAUGCCUGACCUGGUACUCGUUGUAGGGUCUUCGGACUCUGCCUCGGAUUCGGUGGAAGAAUGCGUUAAGGAAAAGGGAAGCGGUAGGGAUAGGGAGGUGGUGCAAGGUAAGGAUACAGCGUCUGUGGGUGGUGAUGGUGGAGAGGCGGUGGACGGGAAGGGUUGUGUAGAUGAUGAGCAGAAGGGUUUGAAGAUUGGAGAGAAAUAGAAAAGGAAGAAUGAAAAUCAGGAGGAAGAGAGGGGAAAAGAAAAACCAAAUCUAGUUGAGGGUUUUGUGUAAGUUCCUUCUUCUUGAUGCUUAAUGUAGCUCCUGUCUCUGCAAUUUUUUCUAUUUUGAAUAGUUCAAGGGUGAUGGAUGCAUGUGAUCUAUGAUGAAUCUUGCUGCUGUUUAAUUCUCCAAAAUCGUGGAACAUGUGAUGGUAAAACAACUUUUUCAUUUAGUGUAUCAGUAUAGCUGCAUCAGUUUGUUGAUAAUUUGGAAAAAGGAUUUAGCUAUAUAUCCACAUUUUGCUCUUUCAAUUAUUACAUUUAUGCAAACACAUAGGAGUGAAUGGGAACAAUUAAGUUUCAUAUCCUUCAAUGGAUCGGUCGUAUUCCACCAUUGAUUCUCCUUUAACUUGUAAAACUAGGAAUUGCAGGGCUUUAGGUAGAGCCCCAGACUGAUAGGGGACUUUGGAGGUAGUAGUUCUAAUGUAUGAGUGGUUAGGUUUCUAGGUUGCU